AUGGCAAGCUGGGCCAACCUGCCACCUGGCACAGAGGUCCUGCUUCUCGGUCGGUUCCCACAGCUGGAGAACUCCCAGUUCUUCAACACGGCCUCCAGUUUCGAGGUCGAGGGUAUCGAAGGCCCAGAGCCUCGCAUCAUCGUGGAUGGCACCUUCUGCUUCCAUGGGCGGCACCAGAGGCCUAUGUCCACUAACCUCUUCUUCACAGAGGAAGGCAAGGGCGAGGUUCCUAGCAGCCUGCUCUUCGGAACAUCGUUCCUCGUUCCUGCAGGGUUGCUGAGCGCAAUGUACUGGUCUACAACGCCGAUGAUGAGUUCGGACAUGAACGAGAAGUAUGGCACGCAGUACGGCUACAGCCCCUACGACUCCUACGAUGAUUCGUACGAUUGUGGGCUGCAGCAAGACUGGAUGUAUUUCUUGGAUGAGAUCGACACGACUGAUGGGUCUUACUGUCCAUCCGAAGCAGAAAUGGAGGCCUCGUUCAAUCCUUCUGUCGUGACAUCACCGAUGGGGGAGUGGCUUCAACAGCACAGCGUCCUUUCAUCCAUGAUGUUGGAGCCGCUGACGCAGUUCGAAGCUUCAGGGUUUGCCGCUGGGCAGCUGGGAACACAGCCCUCCCACAAGCCACGGAGGGCUGUGCCUGCGUCUGAACCCAUGAAGGUACAGCUCCCCCCCGAAGCCCGCUCUUUGCCAACGCUCCUGGAUCCUCUGAUUCCUGCGAAGAAGAUGCCAAAGUACGCAACGGAGUUUGGUGACGGCUUGAAGAGUCUGGAUCCAAAGUUGCCAGCCAAGAAACGUGUGCCGGAGAUCCUUUCCGAAGCUGGAGCAAGGGCGAUGGAGGAGUGCGACUACAUGCUCGCUGUCGCAGCCUCAGGGCUGAACAUCUGUUUUGAGAACCAGCUGCGAGGAUCAUCAUUCAUGCGGGUGACAACAUGCAGCUUUGACAACAGUCGCAUGAUGUCACUUCGGCCGUCUGAAAGUUUCUAG